GCAGCGUAUGUCACUGUGGCCAUGACUCACUUCGCUGAAAACAUUCUGUCUCUGUUUCCUUUUCUACAGGGGUGGACUUUAAAAUGAAAACAUUAGAAAUAGACGGAGUCAGGGUGCGAGUGCAGAUAUGGGACACCGCAGGUCAGGAGCGGUACCAGACCAUAACCAAACAGUACUACAGGCGAGCACAGGGUAUUAUCUUGGUUUACGACAUCACAAACCAGCAGUCCUUCCUGCACAUAUCCAAGUGGGCCAGUGAUGUAGAUGAAUGUGCUCCAGACAAAGUGCAGAGGAUGCUGAUAGGAAACAAGUGUGAUGAGGAGCCGAGGAGGCAGGUCGCCAAGGAGCAAGCAAGCAAGGUUCGGCCCUUCAGCUCUUAUAACUGUGUUUUAUAAAUGACGGGCGUGGUGCCUGGAUUUGGAUUGUGGAUUUUUAAAUGUCGUGGCAUUCUUCACUGUAAGGUCCUAGAGCAAGGGUGUCAAACAUAUGGCCUGCGGGCCAAACCCGGCCCGCUGUGCGGUUCAAUCUGGCCUGCUUGAUGAAAAUUGAAAACAUUCUCACAAACUCUUCACGCCUUUAUGUGAUAUGUUUUGUAAAAUUAUAUUUCUCUAAAAAUUUCAAAUAUACUUGUAUUGCUUCUCAAGAAAACAAGUGGGGAAAAACGUGGACUAUUUAUAGGUCUUCAUGUUUGUACCAGUCCAGCCCAC